UGUAACCUCUAUGGAUGAUUUCUUGGAGAAAUUCUUUCCCAAUAUUUAUGCAAAGGAGAAGAGUAAUAAAGAUGUUAACCAAUAUUGUAAAUUCGACAACCACAUGCUCACAUUGUUCACGUCUUCUCUUUACUUGGCUGCAUUGGUUGCCUCGUUGUUUGCUUCCGCAACCACUAGGGUUUUGGGGCGUAAGGUCUCCAUGAUUCUAGGAGGCAGCGUUUUCCUUGUCGGUUCUAUCUUCAAUUGCAUCGCCAAUAACCUGACUAUGCUCAUCAUUGGCCGUUUGUUGCUUGGAGUCGGCAUUGGUUAUGCUAAUCAGUCCGCGCCAUUAUAUCUUUCGGAAAUGGCACCAUCGCAUAUGAGGGGAGCACUUAACAUCGGUUUCCAAUUGGCCGUCUCGAUUGGUAUCUUUGCGGCCAACUUAGUAAACUAUGGUACAUCCCAAAUAAAGGGCGACUACGGUUGGAGAAUCUCAUUAGGUCUAGCCGCGGUCCCCGCUAUUAUCAUGACAAUUGGCGCGACUUUCCUUCCCGAUACUCCAAACUCCCUCAUCGAGAGAGGACAACCGGAAAUGGCAAGAGAAAUGUUGCAAAAAAUUCGUGGUACCACUAACGUGAACGCGGAAUUUCAGGAUCUAGUCGAUGCCACUGAGGCAUCGAAGCAGGUCCAACAUCCUUGGAGGGACAUACUACAAAAGAGGUAUAGGCCACAACUCGUUAUCGGGGUGUUCAUUCCAUUCUUUCAACAAAUGACGGGUAUUAAUGUCAUCAUGUUCUAUGCUCCGGUCCUUUUUAAGACAUUGGGGUUCGGCGACAAUGCCUCGCUCAUGAGCGCGGUCAUCACGGGCCUAGUGAAUGUCUUUGCGACUUUGGUUUCGGUUUUUAGUGUCGAUAAGUUUGGACGAAGGGUGUUGUUCAUUCAAGGAGGAAUUCAAAUGUUUAUUUGCCAGAUUAUAGUUGGAACCCUAAUAGGCAAGACAUUCGGACUUGGUGGUGAAGGGUCAUUCUCCAUAUUAACGGGAAACAUUACUCUCAUCAUCAUAUGUCUCUAUGUCGCGGCCUUCGCAUGGUCAUGGGGUCCACUCGGAUGGUUGGUUCCGAGCGAGAUCUUUCCUUUAGAGACUCGCUCGGCUGGUCAGUCCAUCAAUGUCUCGGUGAACAUGUUAUUCACAUUCAUCAUCGGCCAAUUGUUUCUCUCUAUGUUGUGUCACAUGAAGUUCGGACUAUUCUUUUUCUUCGCCGGAUUCGUCUUGUUGAUGACUAUUUUUGUCUAUUUAUUCGUCCCCGAGACAAAGAAUGUGCCGAUUGAGGAGAUGAAUUGGGUUUGGAAACAACAUUGGUUUUGGGGCAAGUACAUUCCGGAUGAUGCUGUUGGUGUUAUCUUCCACAAUCAUCAUGUUCCUAAACCAGUGUAAUUUUAUUGUAUGCUAACAACUAUAAUAUUCAUGAAAUAAAUGGACUUCAUUUAUUUAUUGUUA